AGAGAGAGAGAGAGAGAGAGAGAGAGAGAGAGAGAUCUACACAGUGUGUGCUGUGACAGAGACAGAAAUGUUUUGGUCCGUCAGUCGCAAGGAAAGUUGGGCGCAUAUUUUAAUGUGGAAUAUUGAAAUAUUCAAGUUGUCGGGGAAUAGCCGUUCUUAAGAUCUAAGCUGCUGUUGGAACGUUUGUGACCUUCAGAACAAAAUUUGCUUCGUGCUGCCACCGUGUCAUUUGUGGCAGCUAAAUUGAAGCAGCAUUGUAAUCUUCUCCCACACGUCUUGCUCCUCGCCGUAUGUGCUGGAAGCCCCGAGUGGCAGCUCUCUCAUUCCACUGUCUGUCUCCCUGCCCGCAAGCAUUUCAUUACAAACAAUGACCUGAAGCCACACAGCAUCUGCUGUCUGAAAGAUGAUGUUUUUACUGCCAAAGCUCUUUUGGGUCACAGUGUACUCUAGACCAGUAGUGUGAUGAAGCAAUCUUCACCCUACAAUAACUCACAUCAAUGGGGUUCACUUUAUGUGCGAAGGGUGUAAAAUUAACGUGACACAAAAUGGACCACGGACAUGGGCUUCUCAACGGCCUGGCUAAAAAACUGGAGUACGGUGAAAACAGGCCUGUGUUUCUAAACCUGGGCAACAGGUGGACGAGUGUUUUGACUAUUAUAAAAUACAGCAGAGUACCACACCAGGCAUGGGGCCGUUGGAUAAUGGGGUCUGUAAGAAAAAUCAAAAUCUUGAGCUUCAUCUUUGGGCUUAUGGUCACCGUUCUCAUCAUGGCUUCUUAUAUUUUGACGAGGGACCAGAAAGGACUUUUUCUAACCCCAUCACCGUAUCACCUUACUGUAAUAUCUCACCCCGCACAGCUGAAUCUCAACCUGACCUCCAUCACAGACUAUACAGCUUUGAGAGAGAUGGUGAGAAACAUUGUGGCCAGAGUGAACAUUGGAAGAAGGACAGUUCCUGAUAUCAAAGAAUUGAGAGAGAAAGAGCCACAUUUAUUCACUGCCAUUCCUCACAAGUUCCUUCCCCAUCUCAAAAAUCCAUGUUGGUAUGAGGAAUUCUUUGGGAAUAUCACAGCAGAUCCAUAUGGGAAAAACCUGUAUGCGCUUUAUUCAAAGCGCUUUCAGGCGAUAUAUGACCACUUGCGCAGAGCUUUUCCAGCUCACCUUCAUCAGUAUGCGGGUAGACAUUACCGUCUGCGCUGCCUGCCUUUUUUCUACAUCAUCGGGCAGCCCAAGUGUGGCACCACAGAUCUCUACGACCGAUUACGGCUGCAUCCCGAGGUCCAUUUCACUACUAUGAAGGAACCACAUUGGUGGACGAGAAAGAGGUUUGGUAUCAUCAGAUUGAAUAAUGGUUUUCAUAAUCCAUACCCACUGAAAGACUAUCUGGAUCUGUUUGACCAGGCAUCCAAUCAUAUUCAGGAUCAGCUGAUGAACGACUCUCUUCAAAGCCACCAAAAAGUUGACAUUAUAAUAGGUGAAGCGAGCGCAUCCACUAUGUGGGACAACAAUGCUUGGGUGUAUUUUUACGACAAUGGUACGGCGGUGGAGCCUCCUUUUCUGGUACAAGACUUCAUUCAUGCAGUCCAACCAGAUGCCAAAUUUAUCGUAAUGCUCAGAGACCCAGUAGAAAGGCUUUACUCGGACUAUCUGUACUUUGGUAUGACCAAUAAAUCCGUGGAGGAUUUUCAUGAGCGAGUAUCCGAAUCACUGCAGCUGUUUGAAUUCUGCUUGGCUGAGAGAUCCAUUCGAUCCUGUAUUUACAACACCACUCUCAACAAUAUAAUGCCUGUGAGACUUCAGGUUGGGCUAUAUGUCAUAUACAUGCUGGACUGGCUAAGUGUUUUCAGUAGAGAGCAAAUUCUCAUACUACGACUGGAGGAUCAUGCAGCUAACCGGAAAAAUACUAUGCGGAGAGUCUUUGACUUUCUACAGUUGGGACCACUCACUCUGCAGAAGGAAGCAGACAUUACAAAGAGCCCCGCCUCCAACACCAGAAGACCAGCCAAUCGAAAUCUUGGCCCAAUGCUGCCCAUAACCAAGGAGAUUCUGCAAAGCUUCUACUGGCCUUUUAACCAGCACCUUGCCCAGGUGCUUAAGGAUCCUGCCUUUCUGUGGACGUAGUUGUGACAA